GGAAAUAUCCACUUCUGGUGAAGGUAAAGUCAUUUGAAGAUAUUUCCAACAUCACUGUACAGGUUGAUUAGAACACACCUCCGGAGCAGGUGGGACUUGAACACAGGUCUCUCGGCUCAGAGAAACAUUAUGUCAGAAGGGGACAGCAGUGGAGAUGCCAUUCACGGGAAACCAUCAGCAAUCAGCAGGUUUUUUACGCAGAUUGGACAGAUCUACCAGUCCUUCUUAGACAAGUCCACACCCCAUGGCAUCAUACGAUGGAUUGUAACAUUUGUCUUUGGUGCAGUCUACAUGAUUAGAGUUUACAUCCUGCAGGGAUGGUACAUUGUGACGUACGCCUUGGGGAUUUACCACCUGAACCUCUUCAUUGCUUUCCUGUCCCCAAAAGUUGACCCAUCACUAAUGGAAGAUUCAGAUGAUGGACCUGCUUUACCAACAAAGCAAAAUGAGGAAUUUAGACCAUUUAUAAGAAGGCUGCCAGAGUUCAAGUUCUGGCACUCUGCUACAAAAGGAAUAAUAGUAGCCAUGAUUUGCACAUUUUUCGAUGCCUUCAAUGUACCAGUUUUCUGGCCAAUCUUGGUCAUGUACUUCAUUAUGCUUUUCUGCAUUACUAUGAAGAGACAGAUUAAGCACAUGAUCAAGUACAGAUAUCUACCGUUCACUCAUGGGAAAAGGACGUACAAGGGGAAGGAGGAUUCUACGAAAGCAUUUGCCAGUUAGAAAAAGUGCUGCUUGGCACUCCUGGAUUAUCUUCUCCCCUUCCUCUUUACAUGUAAACAUUGGACAAUAAUCACAACCGUGACAUGACUCUAUGAUUAUCAUGUUUGCUCCAGGCCUUUCUGAAGGGUACAUUUUAGAAGGUGAUUUAGUUUUGAGAGUUUUUUGGCACAGAGACAUUGUGUUUAUAAUAUGAUAUAUAUACGCAGACUUUUUGUCCUGACCAUUUUGAUUUAAUUUAUAGAUGACUUCAUUUGAAUUUCCCUUUAAUUGUAUUUCUUUUGCCAGUUGCUUCAACUGUACUUCCUCCUUUUCUCCUUUAUGUCAUCUGGAAAGAAAGAAUUAAAAUAUCAAAUCAGUUCCAUACUUGGGUAAUUAGACUAUUUGCUAUGGCUCCCCAAGUUACUGAGGCUUUUGGCAAGGAACUGUUGCAGUAUUAAGAUGCUACAAUAUCAAGUAGUUGGUGUUUAAUGAUUGAGAAUUGGAUGGACUUUUACUGUAUUUUCUGGGUUUGAUCAAAUUUUGGAAAUAGUUUUUUUUUAUGUUGUGGCCUCUUGGAAGAGUUGUGGAGAAGCAAUCGGAGGGGUUUGGAGAGAACGAGGAAAGAGGGUUGCAAGAACACCGAAACACAGGCUUGCAGCUUUAGAGUGCUGUGGAACCAAAUAGCUUGAAGAUGGAGAUCGGGAAUUCUUCUCUCAUUUUUAAAUCUCAGAGUCAACUUUGAGGACAUCUUCAUCUAUGUCCUGAGUCAUGGCAUUGUAUUCCAAAUUCAUCAGGCUAGAUGUUAAUAAUGCGAAACAAAUAAAAUUUUGAUAAAAUCUUUCUAAUAUGAACUCGAUGCUGAGCUUUAAACUUUGGAUUGCUACAAGGUACUGAUAGAUGCCAGAAUUACAUAUAUUACAAAUUACAAGAAUUUGCUUUGUUGUGCUGCUUCUUUGAAAAAAAUCUGCUAAAUUUCAACAGUUUUCAUGAUGUGAGGGAAGGGGUUAUCUUUAAGGUACAGUGGAGCUCUCUUUACAGUACUUGCUAAGGCAAAUAGCAAGCCUACAAUGAAUAAUUGGAAGGGGAGAGGGAAAGAUUGGUGGAUUUUAUUAUAAGAGUGUGAAAGACAGACAUUUCUAAGAAUGAAGUGUAGGGGCGACAAGGGAUAAUGUUCCAGAACAGAUCUGUAGACAUUAAACCAGUUAAAUCACUCAUUGGAAAAUAUUACAUAGCAAAAGCUAUAAUUGGCAGUAGUUUGGACCUCCAGUUCAAGUAAAUGGAAAAAUAGGCCACUUGUAUAUUAAAUAUAGAUUCACAGAGGGUAACUAGGAUCAUUUAUAUAUAAUACAGGGGUGGAGAUAUGAAACAGUAGUGAUGUGAAAGUGUAUAGAUCUGUGAUAGGAUUAUGCUAUGGAAAUGGAACUUCAGCUCCCCAUUUUACACUGUAGCUGCACUUAUGCCAGCUGAGGCAGCAUUUGGGAAUGGUCCAGGCUUUGCACUCAGAGCCCCUGACUGGUGCAAUCAGUGGAGCCCCACCUGAAAAUGAAUAUUGAUUGCGACACUUCACUUCUGGUCACGUAGCUGGUUGAGAUUCUCAUAAAGCCUGUCCACUUUGGGUAAGACACUGAUAGAUCAGGUGAAUCCUCAGCACAAUUCAACACAUUAAGAUGAUGUUAAAUGAAAAAAAUUAUUAUUGACUGACCAGUGUGACUUUAAGCUCUCCAGCCCUCAUGACAUCAAUCAGUGUGGGUUAAUGUAUCCCUGAUGUGGUAAUGCUGUGAUUUAUAUGAUUGAACUAACAAACCUCUCCCUCCGAACAGAUCACAACCCAAAAUUUAAAAAAUGAAUCAAUGGUAGAUUCAAUCCCACCACUGAAGGCUUGAAGACUGCAGGUUACUUUAAAGAAAAAUAGUCAGCACAGUAUAGCAGCCCUUGCCCUUUAGGAAGUGUCGUGUUGCCUGCGUGAAACACAUAACCAAGACCGAUUUUACCUGUGAUGCAUGUUAGUUUAACCCAAUUUAUUUAAGAAUAAGUUUAACUUUGCAGGUGUAAUUUAGCAUGUCCAUAGAAAGGUACAGUACACGGCAUCUAAUUUUAAGGUGCAACUGUUCAAUCACUGGGGAGGGUCGUGACAGUAUAAAUAAUAUACUACAAUGCAAUAUACUGUUUUUGUCUCGAACAGUUUGUAGGUUAGUGUAGUGUAACCAAUGACUCUACGUUACUCAGUAAUGUAAGUCUCCAGUCUUUUUUAAAACUAUGUUUCAUUAUAAUUUUGUAUUUAAAAUACUUGAACUAGUGGGAGAUUUAAGGUGGCAUAAUUAGAUUUUUCUGUAUAAUUUCUUUCUUUCACCUUCCAUCCUGUUUAUCCAACAUGCAGGACAGAAGUGACAUCCUUGAUUCUAGGGCUGAGCUUGGAAGUUGGCAAGUCUGGCAUUAUAAAAAGCCCCUAACUUUGGGUAUGCUAAUCAGGAUUACCCCACAUUCAGUUUGCAUUUUUGUUUGCCAAGGAGUAUAUUUACCAUAUAGAAUAUAUAUUUAGAUCACAGUAUGAGAGUGAUGUGCAGGAAUUGAUGUCAUUGGAAUAGGUGACAAGUAAAUGCUGACAUUAGUGCUAGUUUGUACCAACUCCUGCUGGACUUGACCGCCAUUUGCUUGAUCUUUUGAGAUAGGAGCCUACUUAACACUGUCACUGGUUCAAGUCACAGGAUGGGUGGUGGUAGCAGGGAUAGCCAGGGUUCCUGAUCAGUUGCAUGAUCCCUGCCAAAAUUAUGCACUUGUGAAUAUUUUAUCAGACUCUUGUUAUACUUUUCAGACCAAUCCCACCCUCCUAUCUGCACACAGCAUUACAGAUUUAGACUACAAUGAACAGAAAAAAUUACCACUGUGUGAAGGGCACUCUACGCAAUUGUAACCUUGCAGGAGUCAGCACAUCAGGGGCUAAAGAAACAGAACUGGAGGGGACCCAGGAUAUAACUGCAUUGAAAACAAAGCUGGAAACCUGGUGUGCUGCAAUGCUCAUAUUUAACAUGAUGCAUUCACUAGGAUUGCUGGCCAUUGACGGCACCUGUUCUUCAAACUUUUCACCUCAACAGGGCACAGGCGAGAGUGGCCUGUUAGGAUACAAGUUAUAACUGUAGCGCAAGUGGACGUGGACAGAUUUUACAAACCACCCAUUUUUCUUUUCCCUCGUGUGAAGCAGUUCCCAGUGUUGUGCUUGUACAGAGAUUUUAUUUUUUUAAGAUUAAUCAUGGCUACUUGUUGCUUCACAUUGUAAACAAUGCCCGUAAGUGAUGUUUAUGUCAACUAGAACUUUAGUGCCAGAGCCUUGCAGCCUUUUAUACUGUCUGGAACGAAUAAUCCCAGCUUCCUUUAAUAGGAGUCGUCCCAUCUUCUUUUGUCUUAUUUAAAUAAAAGCCUAGAUUAUUUUUUCUGAACUUAACAGAUGGAUAUCUGAGUCCAUGAGGGUGGAAUUACCAGUCAUUACAGAUCUGUUCAUUGGUGUUGGGAGCAAAUGGAAAUGAAUUUAAACAGUGCACAGAAAUUGUACUCUGCAACAUUACUUUUUUUCUAGCUUAGAGAUUUUUGUUCCUGUCGUGCUGUGAUGUAGGUGAGUUUAAUGUCUUAAAAUCAGAUUAGAGAGAAAGCAUCUCCUGCAGUGGUACAUUUUAUUUAAUUUUAUAUGAAUCCAAAUCAUUAGUCAUUGUGCAAAUCGAUGUGUUGCAUUAUGCAGCACCACAUACACAUCCAAAUUGUCUUUCUUUAAUUGAACAUGUUUUUCGUGCUCGGAUUUAAGAUCUCCCAAUGGCGCACAUGUUAUAACUUUUACUUGUAAUAAAGGUGAACAAAAUAAAUUUGUAAUGCUGUUUCUCAGCCCUCUUCCUCUGGGAAAACAAAAAUGAAACAAUUAAACUGAAUUAGAUAAAGUGA